CCUCGGAAGCCAAAUUCAUAUUCAACAAAAUCCAUUCUUUCUUCAUACCCAUCAUCUCUUCUUUCAUUCUGCAAUUACCCACCAUUUCUUUCCUUCAAAUUCUGUUAUAAUAUAUAUAUAUAUAUAGAAAAAGAGAGAGAGAGGAUGAGAAGGGAGCAGGACAAUUGGGGGAGAGGAGCUUACUCGGAGAACAACUCCGACACGGAGAGUAUAACGAGCGAUAGAACUGGUUUCAGUGGACCAUUGGGUGCACCUAUGAGCAGUAAACGUGGUUCGAAGAAGAGCGCCAGGUUCAACAUCCCUCAGGAGAUGACUAUGAUGAAUAAAACUAACUCAACCAGCAGCAGCAUCGGUGGUGAUGACUCCUACGUUGAGAUCACUCUCGACAUUCGCGAUGACUCAGUAGCAGUCCACAGCGUGCAGGCUGGCGCCGGACAUGAAGAUCCCGAGCUGGCACUGUUGGCCAAGAAGACUCUGGAGAAUAGCAAGUCGUCGUCGUUGUUCCGAAACACAUCGGCUCAUAUCAAGCAGGUGUCCCAGGAGCUGAAACGGGUCAUUUCUCGGAGGUCAUCUGCAGCUCGACGUUUCGACAGGACGAAAUCCGCCGCAGCUUAUGCCUUGAAAGGUCUCAAGUUCAUCACUUCGAAAACGGGUUCCGGUGGAAACGCCGCGUGGCCUCCUGUUGAGAAACGUUUCGAUGAACUCACUGCAUCUACCAACGGCUUGCUUCCUGCUUCUUUGUUUGGGGAGUGUAUAGGGAUGAACAGAGAGUCGAAAGAAUUUGCAGGAGAGCUGUUUCAUGCACUUGCCAGGAGGAAUCGCGUAAGUGGGGAUUCAAUUAACAAGGCGCAGCUUAAACUUUUCUGGGAUCAAAUUUCUGAUGAAAGCUUUGAUUCCAGGCUCCAAACGUUCUUUGACAUGGUGGACAAAGACGCAGAUGGAAGAAUCAGCGAAGAAGAAGUCAGAGAGAUCAUUAGUCUAAGUGCUUCUGCAAACAAGCUCUCUAAUAUUCAAAAACAAGCAGAUGAAUAUGCAGCAUUGAUCAUGGAGGAAUUAGACCCAGAUAAUGCCGGGUACAUCAUGAUUGAGAACCUGGAAAUGUUGUUGUUGCAAGCUCCAAACCAAUCAGUGAGAAUAGGAGAUAGCAAGCUUAUGAGUCAGCUAUUGAGUCAAAAGCUGAAGCCUACGCAGGAAAACAACCCAUUGAAAAGAUGGUAUCAGGAGUUUAAGUACUUUUUGAUGGAUAACUGGCAAAGAAUUUGGAUUAUGAUGUUAUGGCUUGGGAUUGUGGGAGGUUUAUUCGCUUAUAAGUUUGUACAGUACCGUCGCAAAGCUGUUUUUGAUGUGAUGAGUUACUGUGUGUGCAUCGCAAAAGGAGGUGCAGAGACUCUCAAGUUCAACAUGGCUUUGAUUUUACUUCCAGUGUGCCGGAACACCAUCACUUGGCUCAGAAACAAGACUAAAUUAGGAGUUGCAGUGCCCUUUGAUGACAAUCUCAACUUUCACAAGGUGAUUGCUGUUGGGAUUGGUAUUGGGAUUAUCCUACACGGAGGCGCUCAUUUAACCUGUGAUUUCCCACUGCUGCUUCGUGCAACUGAAGAAGAAUACGAGCCCAUGAAGCCAUUCUUCGGAGAGACCAAACCACCAAACUACUGGUGGUUCCUGAAAGGAGUUGAAGGAGUUACAGGGAUCGUGAUGGUUGUUCUCAUGGCGAUUGCUUUCACAUUAGCCACUCCUUGGUUCAGACGCAACAAGCUUAACGUUCCAAGGUUUCUCAAGAAGCUCACUGGCUUCAAUGCCUUCUGGUACUCACACCAUCUUUUCGUCAUCGUCUAUGUUCUCCUCGUCAUCCAUGGAAUUUUCUUGUUCCUCACCAAGAAAUGGUAUCAGAAAACGACAUGGAUGUAUCUUGUGGUGCCGGUUGUUCUUUAUGCAUGUGAAAGAUUGAUCAGAGCUUUUAGGUCAAGUAUCAAGCCUGUUAAGAUUCUCAAGGUUGCUGUUUAUCCUGGAAACGUCCUUGCAUUGCACAUGUCAAGACCUCAAGGCUUCAAAUACAAGAGUGGCCAGUACAUGUUCGUCAACUGCUCUGCAGUUUCUCCCUUCGAGUGGCACCCAUUUUCCAUUACUUCAGCACCAGGUGAUGAUUACCUGAGCGUUCACAUCCGAACACUUGGUGAUUGGACAAGGCAACUCAAAACAGUUUUCUCCGAGGUUUGCCAACCUCCGGCUGCGGGUAAAAGUGGAUUACUAAGAGCAGAUAACAUGCAAGGAGGAAACGUUCCUAAUCUCCCAAGAAUAUUAAUAGAUGGACCGUAUGGAGCUCCAGCACAGGACUACAAGAAAUAUGAAGUGGUGCUUCUGGUUGGACUUGGAAUUGGUGCAACCCCCAUGAUAAGUAUCCUCAAAGACAUAAUCAAUAACAUGAAAACGGCAGAAGAUGAACUAGAAAACGGCAGCCAGAACAACAAAAGUAGCAAUAACUCUUUCGGUACAAGGAAGGCUUACUUCUAUUGGGUAACCAGAGAGCAAGGAUCAUUCGAAUGGUUCAAAGGGAUCAUGAAUGAAGUUGCAGAAAUGGAUGAGAAAAGAGUAAUUGAACUCCAUAACUACUGCACUAGCGUUUACGAAGAAGGCGAUGCCAGGUCUGCCCUCAUUACAAUGUUGCAGUCUCUCCACCAUGCUAAGAAUGGGGUCGAUGUUGUUUCCGGCACUCGUGUUAAGUCACACUUCGCUAAACCUAAUUGGCGGCAGGUCUACAAGAAAAUCGCUCUUCACCACGAAGGCGCUCGUGUUGGAGUAUUCUACUGUGGUGCACCAGCAUUAACGAAGGAGUUAAAGCAAUUAGCUUCCGACUUCUCUCGUAAGACUUCGACCAAGUUUGAUUUCCACAAAGAGAAUUUUUAAGCCAUGAGAGAAAAUUAUACAGCUUAGCUAAAGCAAUCAAGAAUAUAGAUUAAGGAUAUCAAAUUCAUCCCCCUGAUAAUAAUGUAUACAUAGAAUUAAUGUUAUAUUUCCGCAGCGAAACAGACCCUUGUUUUGUUUUUUUGUUAUAUUCAUUGUACAACUUCAAUUCAACAAUUUUUUCCUUCACCUUU